GGAGCACCGCGGGGUUUGGGGACGCGGUGGCCCGAGCGACGACUCCCCGCUGGAAGACAGCGAGACGACGGGAAAAUAAGUUUUAAAGAAGCUUAAAGUGACCUGCAGUCAUGAGUCCCCGCUGCAGAGUGAAUUUCAACACUAUGAUUUUUCUGGUUGUCCUGCAGGGGGCAGCAGUUGUGCUCUUCUGCAACUGGUACUACCAGCUGAGCCCCUGCGACUCCCCUCCCCGAAAAGGCAAAGUUCACGUUUUGCUGCUGUCGUCUUGGCGAUCAGGUUCAUCCUUCCUGGGUCAGGUUUUCAGUCAGCACCCGUCUGUUUUCUACCUCAUGGAGCCCGGGUGGCACGUUUGGACCAAAAUAGAGAAACCUGGUGCACGAGUUCUCCGAAUGGCUGUGAGGGAUCUAAUGCGGAGCUUGUACCAGUGUGACUUCUCAGUGAUGGAUUCGUACAUGCCUGAGAACUACAAUAUGUCCACCUUGUUUAUGUUUCACCACAGUCGGGCACUGUGCUCACCUCCUGCAUGCUCCCUCACACGGCGCAGUGACAUGAGCAAUGAGACUCUUUGCCAAAAGAAAUGUGAUUCUCAAGGUUUGGAGAAGGUGGAGAAGGCCUGCCACACUUACAGCCAUGUGGUUUUAAAAGAAACUCGUUUUUUUGAGCUGGAGUCCCUUUAUCCCCUUUUUCAAGACCCAAACCUGGACCUCCGCAUCGUUCACCUCGUUCGAGACCCGCGGGCCGUGAUACGGUCGAGAGAGGAAUCAGCCAAAUCUUUUGACGUGGACAGCGCCAUCGUCUUGGAGCAAAGAAACGUACCAGCAGCCAGUGUCCAGUACGAAGUGAUGCAGGAGAUCUGCAGGAGCCACGUACGCAUCAAUGAAAGAGCAAUCCUGAAGCCACCUCCGUUUCUGAAAGGUCGCUACAAAAUGAUUCGGUAUGAAGACGUGGCACGCAACCCGCUGAAAGAGAUUAAUGAUAUUUAUGACUUUGUCGGUUUAGAGAUGACCAAUCAGAUGGAGGAAUGGAUCUACAAGGUGACCCACGGAAAAGGGAAAGGCAGCAAGAAAGAAGCUUUCCAGAUCACCUCAAGGAAUGCCAAUGAGGUGUCGCAGGCGUGGCGCACCUUGCUGCAACACAGCAAGGUCAAACGCAUUCAGGAUCUGUGCAAAGGGGCCAUGUCGCUGCUCGGCUACCGGACAGUUGACAGCGAAAAAGAGCAGAAGAGACUCGACAUAGAUCUGCUGGUUCCACGUGAACCUUAUGAGUUCAGCUGGAUUUCAGCUAAAUCUCAGCGCACAGGGAGCAGCUAGAGCAUCACGCCUCCUGUUUCAGACCUCUCAGAGGCAACAAGCUUGAAUGGUCUCCCUGUCGCUGGUAAAGCAUGGCUUUGUGAGAUACAGACACCUCAGACUGCCUGUCUUCAAGAUUUGAAUAAAAAUUACAGCUAUUUUGCGUGACAGUAUAGCAUGUGAAAGUGGGGUGAAAGACUCAGCAGAGGGUUCAGUAGAAUUUACUGACAUGUAGCCUUGUUCCUAACAUCCUCUAUGAUAGAUGGUUAGCUAUGCAGGGUUUACACUCCAUUGCAUUUCACAGGACUUCCUUAAGGGUCACAAUUGAGCUUGAAGACAAACUAAUGGCACUUGUGCUUUCCACUUUUUUCCCACUAACCUUUGUAUUUGUAUAUUAUUUAAAUGAUGAUGCCAACCUUAGCAAAAUGGUCUCCAUACACCCUAUACUAAUUAAUAUACAGAGUUUAUCUUAAUAUUCUUGGGUCCAGCGAUUCCUGGAGUCUCUCUACUGCUUUACAGGAGAAACUUGACAGGAUUUAUGGAAACUUGAUUCUCACAAUAACCAGGGGUUUCACCGGAUAAAUCUGAUUUACCUAAAUUUGUAUACAUUGGAAUGGUAUCCAGUCUCACAUGUAAUUUAGUGUAAAUCAAUGCGUUCUUUGACCGGUGUUGAGCAGGAACACGUAGGCCUGUCACGAUAAGAAAUUUUGCUGAGCGAUUAAUUGUCUCAAAAAUUAUUGCGAUAAACGAUGAUAUUG